AUGUCUGCCACUGUCACGAGCACUACUCCUCUGAAUCAUGCUUAUUCAGAUCCCGAAAGCGCCCACUACUAUCAGCGCAAAUCCCUAGGCUGGCUCACUUCUUUCAAUACAGCCCUGGACCUCGACGGCCCUUCCACAUGGACCGGGGGCAACUUGCCCGUUCAAAGUAAGGUGAAUACAUUUCACGGGUACUCUGUAACUCACGAGAAAUUCAUGUGGGAAGUCCGAAUGGAGCCGACGAUAUUGGAGGAUGGGGCACUGACGAGCUACUCGUUUCCUUUGAUGCGCUGA